UCUGUGUCAAUUCAAACCCUGACUCUUGUCCAGCCCCCUACACAACCACAACAAAAACAAAAUGUUCUUCAACAAGUCUGUCUUGGCCGCUACUCUGGCCGUUUUCGCCUCCGGCGUUGUCGGCCAAUUGAUUAACAUCGAAUACGGCACCAGCGAAUACGACGCCUACACGCAAGAGGUGCAAUUGCAAGACUUUGAGAAGCUCGACUAUCCCGGUACUUACUCCUACUUCUCUACCCCCGAUAUCUGCGAUCUGUACAGCAACAGCGAGGACGACGCCACUCUCUCGAAGGUCAGUGGCAGCAGCGAGAUUCCUUCGACGUACAUCGAAGCUGUGUACUGCUACACCUAUGAACAGGAGGAAGAGCUGCUGUAA